AGAGAGAGAGAGAGAGAGAGAGAGAGAGAGAGAGAGAGAGAGAGAGAGACGGGGCGAUCGUGUGGUGAAAAUGACGGGAAUUCGGCAGUGUGUACGGAUAGGAGGGGAUAAAAGAGGACAUGGUUUGGACUCAGCGGGCGGUCCAGCCGCGAAGAGGCUUUGUCUUGGAGGCCCAGUUGCAUGCUCGGAUGAUUAUCAAUUCUGGUUGUCGUCAUCCCAGGAGGAGCGCACGGUUACUAGAGGAACUCAGUCUGGUCAUGGAGUUGCUUCGGUUUUGGCCGCUCAGCCGAACAGCAGCCCGAUCGACAGUCUACCUGACGAUAUCAUAAUCUCCAUCUUCACUGCUCUAAGCGCCAAAGCCAGCUCGACCAGCGAUUUGAUCAACGCUAUGUUGACGUGCCGGCGUUUUUGUGCAGCAGGCAUGCAUCCCCAGGUUCUUGCGUCCGCGUCCGCGGAUGUGAUGGCCGUGAGAGCACACAAAUGGUCCAGCGGCGCUCAUGCUUUUCUGCGGCGAGCAGCAGAUGCUGGCAAUGCUGAGGCGUGCUACACACUGGGAAUGAUCGAAUUCUACUGCUUGGAUAAUCGUCGAGCAGGCAGGUGUCUGAUGAUGAAGGCAGCACUGCAGAAUCACGCCUCUGCUCUGCAUUCCUUAUCCAUCAUCCAUUUCAACGGAAGCUCGGGAGGAGAUCGGACGGCUAAGAAUCUCACAACGGCAGUGAACCUGUGCAGCAAAGCUGCGGCAGCUGGACACGUGGAAGCCAUGCGGGAGCUGGGACAUUGUCUGCAAGAUGGGUACGGUGUGGCGAGGAACGUGAUGGAGGGGAGGAGGCUGCUGCUCGAAGCCAAUGCGAUGGAGAUGAUCUGUGGCAGGUCGUUGUUCGAUUGCGGAGGAACAGCCUCCUUCUCCUCUCAUGGGGUCGGGGUGCAGGCGUCAGCGGCCGCGUGCGGAGGGUCAGCAGCAGCUGAAGUGGCCGCCUCCUUUCCUAAUCGGGAAACGGAUGCGGCAGACUGCGGGCGAUCCCCGCUGAACGAUGGGUCGUCCAUUACAGAAGAGGAAGGUGUCGUUGGAGGGACUAGCUUGGCAGGAAGAGCCGACGAGGCGGUCGGGAUUGAGGAGCCAGUUCGUGAGGGAGAAGGAGAAGGAGAGGCAGCGGCUACAGCAGCUGCGGUGCCCGCCUCCUUUCGUAAUCGGGAAACGGGUGCGGCGGACUGUGGGCCAUCCCCGCUGAACGACGGGUCAUCCAUUACAGAAGAGGAAGGUGUCGUUCGAGGGACUUGCUUGGCAGGAAGAGCCGACGAGGCGGUCGGGAUUGAGGAGCCAGUUCGUGAGAGAGGAGGAGAGGCAGCGGCUGCUACGUCCCUGAGCACGCAGCUGUGGACAUGUUGCGGUUGUUCCUGUGCUUCUGACGAUGAUGACACGAGCAACGGUGCUAUGGCGGACUAUGAUGAUAGAAGUAACGCGGCUAUGGCAGACUAUGAUGACAGAAGCAACGCGGCUAUGGCGCAGUGUCAGUCGAGAGAGCAGGAAGAGGAGAAGCCGCAGGAAGGAGAGGUGGAGGAACUGAUGUGUCGGAGGGAGAUGGAAAUGGCAGAGGGGGCACACGAUGUGUCGGUAUGGGGAGAGGAAGGCGGGGGAGUGGCGACGGGAUCGGGAGGUCGUGGAGAAGCCGUGGGGUGGGCGUCGGGACGAGAAGAAGGGGCAGCGUCGGUAUCGGGAGGAGAAGACGCAGCAGAGUUGAUAUCGGGGGGCCAAGUGGCUGGCGGCGCAGCAGAGGGAGCAGCUGAAGGAGUCGCGGGAGGGGAUGGGGAGCAUGGGGAGGAGAGAGGGAGCCCUGCGAGCUGCUGCUUGUCUACCAGCGUAUCUACUAACGGUGGGUACGAGAGAGUGAACUUGGUCUACAAGUCUGUCCAGGCGGACAUGGGAAGAUUGAACCUGGAAUACGGCCGCCAACAGCAGCAGCAGCAGCAGCUGUCUAAUCCGGGACCUUAUGCUGCUAACACGUUCUUAGUGGACUGGUUCGCUGAGCACCAACCUGCACCUGGUCUACGCCUGUGCUCUUAUGCAUUCUGCGGGCGGCCAGAGAUGCGGCGGCACGAGUUCCGCAGGUGCGCUGCAUGUGGCUGUGUUAACUACUGCUCUAGGGCUUGCCAGGCUCUAGACUGGAAGGCCAGGCACAAGUGGGAGUGCAUGCCUGUCGCCGAGUGGGCGGAGCAAGACGCCGAGGAAGAGAUGGGAGAGGGAGAAGAUGUUUUUCUGGAUCACGCAGCCCAUCUCUAAAAGUCCCAAGUCUGGAAGUCGAAAAGUCGAAACGUCGAUGCUUUUAGCCUUUUACCACUUGGAUAUAUGCUUUGAUGGGGAUGUGAUGGGUUGGGCUAGGCAGGCAAAUUACAGAGAAUUAUGGCGAAGUACAGCAUUGAAUUUGUUCCAUGAGGAUUUGAGUUCGUGACAUGAUCAGACUGAGUGUUAAAAAACAACAUCGGCGUGACACUGUGUGCAUGUAGCACAGGCUGUUGUUGGUGUGAGAGAGGUACUCAAUGGUGUGCGGAGCAACGAUUGAUGUGCCUGAGGGCGUCUUCACAAUAGCUAAGGGCAUUGUCAAAUAAAAGCCCACGAUUUUGGUCAUCCGUCUGGUUGUAUACAUUCAGGGAACUUUACGUCGUAGUGUGACUCUGCCCCCUUGAGGGAGGAAGGUAAGGUCUUGGGUUUUGGUUGCUACUAGUAGUCGAGGAUGACAGGUCAAUAAGAGAACGGAACAGAGAGAAAUACAAUUCCAUCUGGCAAAGGGGAGGGAGGGGCCGGGGAUGGUUGAGAUGGAAUGAGAGGUGGUAGUUGUUGGUGGCAGUGUUGAAGAACAGUGUAUGUUUCCAUUGUCAAUGAACAUGAUUGGCCAAAGAUGUACCUGCUGCUGCUGGUGGUGGUGGUGGUCCCGGAUUGGAGACAAGGAGACCGUUAAGCACUAGGUUCUGCGCUUAACUCCCUUCCCAAUCAAGGACUCGAGGCUAUUGCUGGUGUUGAGGGAGGUUUAGACUGUUGACACGUGUUCUUGUGGAUGAUGGCCAGACAAAUGAUGUGGCAUCUGGUGGGACAAACGAUUUUGCAUCUACAAAGCUGAGCUGAUAUUGUUGGGAGGUUUUAAGGGGCAGGGCGGGGGGAUUAAGUGAAAUUGAGCGAUAGAGAGAGGGUGGGAAGGGAGGUGAAAGCGUGAGAGGUUUGGGGGUCUGCAGUCGUGAUACGAGUAGAACGGGAAGAUUCAAUCAUAUGUAGGGGGUCGCAAAGAGUAGGGGUCGGAUAGGGGGGAGUGGUCCUGACUCCCGAGAGAGGGAGGGAGCUGUGGGGCAGCACUGGACGGGAGUGGAAGCAGGCACUGGACCCAUGCUGUGCCGGAGGUUCAAAUUCUCUGAGUCAAAUAGAUGAUGGUGGUGGAUUCCAGGUGGAACAUUAAUGGAGGACCAUAUCUUGGGAAUGCGUGGAGGUGGUAGUGGGUUGUUAUGGAGCGCUCAUGCCGACGUGAUUGUUUUGCAGGAGAGUAAUGGUGUUUCGUCCUUAACUGAUAGGUAUAUGGUCAUAGGCCAAGUACAAAGAUUUUGAUGGGCGAGGCAGUGACUUGUGCCCUGACAGUGUUGGUCCGGGUGCUCAUGAGAUAGCUCAGUCUGGAUGUGUUUAACGAGGGUGGGCGUUAGAGUGUUGAAAGGGAGAGUCGAGAGAGCAUUCCAUGGUGCCUGGGAUUCUGGAUUGAGGUCUGGGAAGAGGCAUGAUCGUUUUGCAGUCUUUACCGCAUAGGUCUGCUUGUGUCUGUCUGUGAGAUUGUGGUGAAGUGAUUCAGAGAUGAACAGAGGACGCACACCUUGUGUUGUGUGGCACACUGCAAUAAAUCAGCAGUGAGAGA